AUGCUUACCCUUCCCCUUUCGUUAAGUAUAUUCUCUCUCGCCGCAGGCUUUGGUUCUGCGGCGUCACUCCAGAGCCGUACAGACUCACGCUGUGCUUCUAUACCACCUCCUCAUGUUCCAGGGGCCGAAGUCCUGUCUGUAGUAGGCCGUGAACGAUUGAUUGAGGCCGCUCCAUUCCCGCCAUCACCAUUACAGCACAACAAGACAGUCAGCAUCUGCAGCGUCGAUGUCACCCUCACACAUAAAGGGGUUAAUGACAAAGUCCUGGUCUCGGUUUGGCUGCCUCUCCCUGAUAAGUGGAACGGGCGCUUCCAGGCCACGGGAGGAGGUGGAUGGGCUGCCGGGGAAUUUGAAGUCUUCCUAGGCCCAGCUGCCCUUGAAGGAUAUUCCUCUGCCUCGACUGAUGCCGGUGUCACACUUGAUCCUGGGUCCGCCGAUAAAUGGGCCCUCAAUAAGGAUGGCACGGUCAAUUAUGGCCUUUUGGAGAACUUUAGCAGUCGCUCAGUCCACGAUAUGGCCGUCGUUGGAAAAGCAGUGACAAAGAGCUAUUACGGGAAACCCGCCAACUAUUCUUACUUCUACGGUUGCUCCAAUGGCGGUCGACAGGGAAUGGUGGAGGCACAAAAAUACCCAGGUGAUUUUGAUGGUAUUCUAGCGGGGGCACCAGCCAUUUACUGGCCACAAUUACUGGUUGCAACCGAAUGGCCACAAGUCGUUAUGCAGAGUGAGAAGACCUUCCCAUCCCAAUGCGUCUUUGAGGCUUUCAGAAAAGCUGGUAUCGCUGCUUGUGACAAGCUAGACGGGGUAGAGGACGGGGUUGUCUCAAACCUUGACGACUGCGAAUUCAAUCCAUUCGCCCUGGUUGGAAAAAAGGUAGAAUGUGGUGGGAAAUCGGCCACCAUCACACUUGCUGAGGCGUGGGUCGCAAAGAAGAUCUAUGACGGGCCCAAGGCGACCUCAAAACAGGUUCUAUGGGAUGUACUGCCCGUAGGAGCCUUUUAUGACGGCCUUGCCAACAGCACCAUCGAAAACGGGGUCCCGAAAAUCGCCCCAUUUACAAUAGGUGCCUCCUGGAUCAGAUCUUUCUUGAAAAAGGACGUCAACUUCGACCUGUCCACCAUCACUUACGCCGACAUGCCCGAGCUUUUCCAACAAAGCAUCGACGAGUAUGGUGAGAUUGCCGGCGGAAGUGACCCUGAUCUCUCUGCCCUCAAGAAGAAUGGAGCCAAGCUCCUUACCUGGCACGGCCUGGAAGAUCAACUCAUCCACCCUAAGGUUUCGAUCAGGUAUCGCAAGGAAGUUGAACGUCGAAUGGGAGGCGCCGCCAAAGUUGAUGAAUUCUACCGCCUGUUUUUGGCUCCAGGAGUAAAUCACUGUGGCAUUCUUGGGCAUAACGACGGAGCGGUUCCCACUAGUACCCUUGAUGUAUUGGAGAGAUGGGUUGAGAAAGGCGAGGCUCCAGAGACGAUGCCUGCAACGGCUACCAACCUUGCUGGUGCCCCCAUCUUCACACGAAACCUUUGCCGUUAUCCCCUUGUCGCUCGCUACAAGGGCAAAGGCGACCAGAACUCGGCAGAAAGCUAUGAAUGUGCUAGGGAUUUCGGAUCUCACCACUAG